AAUUAAGGAACUGAAUCAAGUUUCCCUUCUUUCUUUCUUUCUUCUUUUUCACUUAAUUUCUCCUUUUUUUCUUCCUAAAAGCUGGUUCAUUGUCCACAAAGCAGUGAUUAUCCUGAACGCCCUAGGAAGCACCCCCCCCUCCCAGGCCAUUUCCCCCGCUCCCUCCUUUUCUUCAGUAGUAAUAGUUUUAGAUUAUGACUGUUUUUACAUGGCUGAACAAUAAGUUUGGGAAAAGUUGCCUAGAGGGCAGGUUUUGUAAUAGGGUUACAGGAUUUAGUGUGCUGUAACAGUACUCCUACACCAGCAGCCCUCCCCACCAGCUGACAGUCAGGAGGGCCCCACCAUACCCCAGCUCUUUUCAUUUGGGGAUAGUUGUUAGAUACAUAGAAAUAAAUGCUCGCGACACAGCUCUAGUUUGCUCUUAAAACUCGACUUUUCCUCAAUGAGUCCAGCAAUCUCCAUCCGUUUCCCUACCUAGAACAUGUGCCUGAGAAGCCACUGCUGGACCUUUGGUAGUUUUCCUUUGGAAGGCAAUGCCUUAGCUCAGAUGCCAGCCAUACCCUUCCUCCUGUCUCAAGAUGGUCUGAUUACACAGCAAAUGAAGUAUCAGACAUUACCAAAGUGGAUCUUGCUCAUGCCCCGCUCCCGUGCUGUCCCCCAAACUGUCUAACUUCUACACAGAGUCAAACCUAGAAAAGUUUUCAGAGCCAGCCACCGUGGCCAUGAAGCAGGCACAUUCCUGCUGUGUUCCGUGGCCUCAUCUGUGUAUUAUGUACGUGUUGUGUCGAGUUUUACAAAGAAAGCUAUGCCUUGCUAAGUGGCCAUCCCAACACCUCCAUUCCAUUUUAAAAAAAAAAAAAAGAGAGAGAGAGAUUAUUUGGUUGACGUUAGAUUAUUUAAUUAAUCUUAGGACCUCGUUAAUUUAUUCUACUUGUGUAUUCCUGUAAAGUUUUUUUUCUGCUUCUUAUGAAAAUAGAAUUGUGGUAAGUAGGAUCCAUUUCUUAAAAGAUAUUCAACAAGUCUCCAGUUACUUGGAGAAAGAUAACUAGCCUUGGAAAGAUUAUUUACCAUGAUGGAUAAACCUUGGAAAAGAGAAUGUGGGAAUCUAGUGAUCUAAUAGGUGGUUACUUUUCUUUGAGUUUGGAUUUCCAGGUGUGUGUGUGUGUGUGUGUGUGUGUGUGUGUGUGUGUGUGUGUGUGUGUGUGUUGGGAUUUGGUUUGGUUUGGUUUGCUUCACUCCAUUUAGUGAUGGUUUCAUGAGUCCUGCAGUCACUGGCAGGCCCCAUUCUGUCUCCAUUCGUUUUCAGUAUUUUGCUGCUCGGCUUCUGAAAGGAGAGGAUAGUAUUGGAAGGAACCUAAAACAUCGGGAUUUACAGAUAAAGCAUUGACUCUCCUAAGAAAUAUCCUGAGAAACCCCCUCUUACUCAUAUUAAUAAAGAAAUUCUAUUAUUUACCAAAGUAAUUUACUCAUUGGAAGCAGCUCAAUGGCCACACAUUGAUUUCUGGGCCCAAAAGGUUAGAGAGAACUAUAAUGAAUUCUCUUAAAAAAAAAAAAAAACUGACACCUGCAAGAUAAGGCAGUUGGAAAGAAUUCAUGUUUCAUCAAGCCUAUUUUAAGUUUGACAAUAAUAGCAAAUUCUGGAUGAGAAAAUGUGAACUGUUUUUUGGUCUUGUUUUUGUUUUGUUGAGAUUUGCUUCAGGCUGCAAAUACUUUCUAAAAUGUUAACAACAACAACAAAAAAAAAAAAAAAAAAAACAGGGCAAAGCCGGAUCAGGCAGGAGAUAAACUGUGGGGACGGAAGGUAGCUUUUUGGUAUUGAGAAUCUGUUGAUGUAUUUUACAUCCAGUUUCUGCAAUGGCUCAGGGCACAAGUACCAAAUUACAGGGUUCUGUUUGGAAGCUGUUUCUCUUCUCCACGGCUGGAGGCUUCCAGUUGUCUUUUUUAUACCAACAAUAUCCUUCAGAAGGCGGAAAGCCCACAUUUUUCUGGUAGAGAAUCUGGAGGGUGGUGGGAAGAGGGAUUCGGGCAGGUUCCGGGGGUUUCAAAACUUAGCCAAGCUCACUCCGUGUGUAGUAACCAGAAAAUCGAAAUUCUUCUGCAGCUUAAAGGUGGCUUUUUCUAACACAGUCCCUAGUGCAGAAAGCCUGUAUUCCAAAAUAUCCUUAGAGGAUAGAGAAAGAGAAUAUUAACCUGAGGCUUGACACCCCUCCCCCAAGGAGGAAAAAAGUUUGUGCACCAGGCUUUAGAAAACCUGGAUGUGUGGAGCUGUUUUAACCUUUGCCAGCCUCCUCCCAUGCAGAGGUGACAAGGUCCAGAUCAUAAUGUGUCCUUCAGUGUCUUCCCGGUGACCCCCAAUUUGAGUCUUGCUAGUCACUUAGCAGGAACUUGGUAGUUUAUUUUAGUUUCUCCUUAUCAGCUUGGCUUCUUUUCCUAACCUUAUUCCCCUGCCACCCCCAGAUGCCAGACCCCCAAAGGGGAAGAUUGACAGGUAGUUCCCACAGCUCAGCUUCACCCUCCAACAACCAGGAUUUAGUUUCUUGUGACUUUGCCAAUGUUUGUGUAGUCAGUGUUUAGAUCUCGCCUUAAGGAGUCUCUCUUUUCCGUGUCAUUGGAGUAAGUUGUGAACAAACCCUUGCUGUUGGAUCCCCAUCUAGUGUUCAAUUUGAUUCAUCCACAGGGAAGACAUUUUCCCCUUUCAUUGUGAGCCGGAGGUGGGCCUGGACCAGAACUUUAAAUGGAGUAUCUUGUCCGUGUUAUUUUUCUUUUUUUCCCAGAGGUUUCUCUUGUCUCCGUCCACACGAGCAGGGCCGACACUGUAAACUUGAAGGAGGCCAGUUCAUUUGUCAUUUGAUUGCAUGCUGCCUGAAAGGGACUUCAGGCACAGAAAAUAUGUGCAGCAUAUGUUGUAUUUUACAGCUUUUUCUGGAACCUUAAGUUGGACAUUCAGAUCCCGCCUUAAAAAAUAAAACAAGGCGAAAAGAUAGAGCGUCGCUCGAUCGAAUACGUUCAUGCUUGUCUUUGCAAGCAGGUCUGGUGGAAGGAACAGCCUGUUAAAAUUAGGGGCCCCAAGUCCACCAUUGUUCGAGUUCUAUUAAGAAAUGCUAAUGUAGUCUUAAGGUACUAGCAAGUAGUAUUAAGUGUCUUUCUGAGGAGCUCCCAAAGAAGAAACUAAAUCUGGUAGAGCCUGGUGAUUUGUUUCUAGUUUUUUGUUUUUUGGGGGUUUUUUUUCUUUUUUUUCCUGGUUUUCCUUUUCUUCCUUUCCUGACUGGCUGAACCUUUCUGUGCGAGGCAGAGUUUUAUUUUUGCUUUCUGAGUAGACAGAUAGGCUGCAACACUUCCAUUUUUCUGCUUCCAUUCUGCCCUGCUUGGUUAAGAGGAGAGAAAAGUGACACAUUUGAAUUAGGUACCUAAAAAAAAAAAAAAAAAAAAAAAAGCAAGAGCUUAAACAUCUAGAAUUUUAGUGUCAAUUUGGUAAUGAUACAACAUAACCUCCUUCCUCCCCCCCCCAAAAAAGAGCAGAAAUUCUAAGCAUCUUUUUGGGGUUGCUGGGGGUCAGGGGAAGCUCUUGCUUUGUAAAUGUCCCUAUCUGGCUGGAAUUACGAAAUUAAUGUGAAUGCAAAAUCCAUAGAAAAGGAUCUGGAAUGUGAUUUUCACCACAAUAGGGGGAACAAGGGAACUGCAGUUACUAUAAUGAGGUCACCAGUUGCCAUCCUGUGUAACAGAUUAUUGAGAGAGAUACAAGAUAACAGAGAGUAGGAUCAGGGGGAAAAAAGGAAUUAGAGCACAGGGUGUGUGUGUGUGUGUGUGUGUGUGUGUGUGUGUGUGUGUGUGUGUGUGUAUUUCUGCCUGCUUGUUAUCUAAUUGCAACUUAAAGUAGUCCUUUUAGUAGUUGAGGCAAAAGAUCCAUGCUGGUUUUCCCAGCCUGUCUCCUUUCUCUUGGAGCUACUUCGCUGGAAUUCUGUUCACAAUGCAGAUGGGUUUGAAGUCAGGCACUUUGGAGCGGAGUAGCACCUGCUUCUGAACUGAAUCAAAAUAGAUGCUAGGAUUUGGGAGGAAGCAGAUUGUUCAUAAACAUCAGGAAAUUAAAUUAGCUGAUGGUACGGUGAGAUCAAAUGUCAGCUUCCUAAAUUGUGAGAACUGAAGCUCAACUAUGGCCAACUUUUUAAACAGGCUCUCCCUCUUAGAAGCAAGCAGGCAUUGAUUUCUCAGUGUCUGUUAUUUUCUACAUAAUUAGCAGAAUGCUAAAUAUAUAUUAAAAAAAAAAGUUCAGGUUGAAGAACUUGCAAAUUCUCCAGUGAGUCUUGAAGCCGCACGAAAUGCAGAAUCCCAGUGCAGGGAAGUAGUAACCGGUGGGACCUUCUAAAGUAACCUUCCUUUUAUUAUUUUUUUCCCCCUAUCUAUUGUGAGAAUAUCAGAUGUUCGCAAGUUACAAAGAAUUAAAAUGCCCUUUAACCGUGAGCACAGAUGUGCUAAAUAUCUGAAGCAACCAUAUUGUAAUGUGUACAAUUGUUGAAGUCAGUUUUCUGAUUUCCCUUGCUAGUUAUUUAGUUCUGAAUCUGUCAUUAUUUGUCUAAGCCCAGCUGACCAAGCAAAACUGUGUUUUAAAGUGGCUUUAUGUUUUGAUAAAUGUGAGCUGGUUGAAAAGUAUUUUCCACUGAAUGCAGAGCUUAAUAGAACAUGCUGACAUAAUAGUUUUAAUGCACUUUGUUGAAAAUGUGUGAACAAACGGAAUAGCUUUUGUUCCUUCAUAAUUGGUUGUAAAAGUAGAUGGAGACAUAACCAUUACAUAUGGAAAUGCGCAAAGAGAAAGAAAUAACAUUUCUGUUGAAUAUAUUAGGACUCGCAUUUCCCAGUUGAAAAUAAGCAUCUGAAAUGGGGGGCAUCAUUUAAAAUCAGUUGUCAAAAUACGAAGCUUUCAACAGAAUUUUUUUUUUGUCACAUCAUUUUUGUCCCGAGUGAAGCAGGGGGUUAACUUUAACAAAUUUCAUUUAAUAUUUUGUUUGCCUUAUUUCGAGGCAGGAGAAGAGAGAGGAAAGUGUUUAAAGCAGCACCUCCAGCGAGCAUGGGAAUCUGGUGCCAAUUAGGACGAUUAAACAUUAAAUUAAAACUGGAUCAUUAUUGGUAUUUUCUGCUACAACUGCGAUUUGUUUUGUGUUGUUAAUGCGGGUUGCACUACAACCCCGUGUAGAUUUAAAGAUGGGGAUUAGGAAAGCUGGCUUAUUAAAUAUAACUCAGCCACUAAAAUAACUAUCCCAGAGAGGAGAGUGUGCACGCGUCGCUUCGCUCCUCCGGGCCAGCAUGCUUUACCAGGGGCCCUAAUCAACUUCCAUCACUGCAGGCAGAUAGAGUUAAGGAAUUUUCACAACUGACUGUUUAGGUGUUAAUUGUAUUUUCUGAAAUGCAAAACUCUUGGAGCUUCUUAGCUCUCAAUCCAAAAAGGUAACCUCUGGCUCCUUUGGGUGGACUCUGAGUUGACUGGGAUCUGUGGGGUGGGCAGCAUUUUGAUUUCCCAUGUAUUCAUAUUUUCGAUUACUUUUUUUUUCCUCCUGCAAGUUUUCUAGAAGAUUCAAUUUGGAAGUCAUGGAAACUACCUAUUAUCUGAUUCAGCUCUGUAGAAAAGCACGCAGGGAGGGGACACAGAGAAGGGUCAACCAAGUCGCCCCACUAAGAGCAAAGAUGCCCACGUCUGUGGCCGGUGCUGCGCUGAAUUCUUUGAAUUAUCAGACCUUCUGCUCCACAAAAAGAGCUGCACUAAGAAUCAAUUAGUUUUGAUCGUCAAUGAAAGUCCAGCCUCCCCACCAAAAACCUUCCCUCCCGGCCCGCCGUCUCUCAACAAUCCUGAUGAGCAAAUGAAAUUCGUGGCGAGUAAAGCAGACCAAGAAGACUGCGGCGACCUUUCAGAACACAAGGGACUCGACAGGGAAGAGUCCAUGGAGACGGAGGUCCCAGUUGCCACCAGCAGCAGCAGCAGCAACGGUGGCACUCUGAGCAGUGUCACCAACAUCGCCACCCCAAGCUGCCACAGCGGCUCUUCCACGGGUACCUCAGCGAUCACAACCUCUCUACCUCAACUUGGGGACCUGACGACACUGGGCAACUUCUCGGUGAUCAACAGCAACGUCAUCAUUGAAAAUCUCCAGAGCACCAAGGUGGCGGUGGCCCAGUUCUCCCAGGAAGCGAGGUGUGGGGGGGCCUCUGGAGGCAAGCUGCUCAUCUCGGCCCUCAUGGAGCAGCUCCUAGCUCUGCAGCAGCAGCAGAUCCACCAGCUGCAGCUCAUAGAACAGAUUCGUCACCAAAUACUGCUGCUGGCUUCUCAGAACGCAGAUCUGUCAGCCUCUUCUGUUCCUUCUCAAGGUACUUUACGAACGUCUGCCAACCCCUUGACCACACUAAGUUCCCAUUUGUCUCAGCAGCUGGCGGUGGCAGCUGGAUUAGCACAGAGCCUUGCUAGCCAAUCUGCCAACAUCAGCGGUGUGAAGCAGCUCCCCCCAGUCCAGCUACCUCAGAGCAGCUCCGGCACCAUCAUCCCGCCCAGUAGUGGCCCAUCUCCCAACGUGAGCAUGGUGACAGCAACAGUUCCCACCCCGUCCUCGGAAAAAGUGGCUUCCAAUGCUGGUGCCUCCCAUGUCAGCCCCCCGGCCGUCUCAGCAUCAUCCUCACCAGCAGCAUUCGCAAUAAGCAGUCUGUUGAGUCCUGCAUCUAACCCACUUCUACCUCAGCCGACCCCAGCUAAUGCUGUUUUCCCUACCCCUUUGCCUAACAUUGCGACAACUGCAGAAGAUUUAAACGCCCUGUCUGCCUUGGCCCAGCAAAGAAAAAGCAAGCCACCAAAUGUCACUGCCUUCGAAGCAAAGAGUACUUCAGACGAGGCAUUCUUUAAACACAAGUGUAGGUUCUGUGCAAAGGUCUUUGGGAGUGACAGUGCCUUGCAGAUCCACUUGCGCUCCCAUACUGGAGAGAGGCCGUUCAAGUGCAACAUCUGUGGGAACAGGUUCUCCACCAAGGGCAACCUGAAAGUCCACUUUCAGCGCCACAAAGAGAAGUACCCCCACAUCCAGAUGAACCCCUACCCCGUACCGGAGCACUUGGACAACGUCCCUACGAGCACCGGCAUCCCCUACGGCAUGUCCAUCCCUCCAGAGAAGCCGGUCACCAGCUGGCUAGACACCAAGCCGGUCCUGCCCACUCUGACCACUUCCGUCGGCCUGCCAUUGCCUCCUACCCUCCCAAGCCUCACGCCCUUCAUCAAGACGGAAGAACCAGCUCCCAUCCCAAUUAGCCAUUCUGCUGCCAGCCCCCAAGGCUCAGUCAAAAGUGACUCGGGGGCCCCCGAUUUGGCCACAAGAAACCCAAGUGGGGUCCCAGAGGAAGCCGAAGGGUCUGCUGUGCCCCCCUUCGGUGGCAAGGGUGAAGACAGUAGCGUGGUAAGCUCCAUCCCGACAGCGGGCAGCAGUGCCCUGAACUCCCCAGUGGCUGAUGGUGGUGCAGGAGGGACCACCUUCACCAACCCUCUGUUGCCCCUCAUGUCUGAGCAGUUCAAGGCCAAGUUUCCUUUUGGGGGACUCUUAGAUUCAGCCCAGGCCUCAGAGACAUCCAAGCUGCAGCAACUGGUAGAAAACAUUGACAAGAAGGCCACCGACCCCAACGAGUGUGUCAUCUGCCAUCGGGUUCUGAGCUGUCAGAGCGCUUUGAAAAUGCACUACCGAACACACACCGGGGAGAGGCCCUUCAAGUGUAAGAUCUGCGGCCGGGCUUUUACCACGAAAGGGAACCUCAAGACCCACUACAGCGUCCAUCGGGCUAUGCCCCCACUCAGAGUCCAGCAUUCCUGCCCCAUCUGUCAGAAGAAGUUCACAAACGCAGUGGUCCUCCAGCAGCACAUCCGUAUGCACAUGGGAGGCCAGAUCCCGAACACCCCGGUCCCUGACAACUACCCCGAGUCCAUGGAGUCUGACACAGGCUCCUUCGAUGAGAAGAAUUUCGAUGACUUAGACAACUUCUCAGAUGAGAACAUGGAAGAGUGUCCUGAGGGCAGCAUCCCGGAUACGCCCAAGUCAGCUGACGCUUCCCAAGACAGCCUGUCGUCUUCACCUCUGCCACUCGAGAUGUCCAGCAUCGCCGCUUUGGAAAAUCAGAUGAAGAUGAUCAACGCUGGCCUGGCCGAGCAGCUGCAGGCCAGCCUGAAGUCGGUGGAGAACGGGUCAGUGGAAGGAGAUGUACUGACCAAUGACUCAUCCUCAGUGGGUGGGGAUGUGGAGAGCCAGAGUUCGGGCAGCCCAGCCAUCUCAGAGUCUACCUCUUCUAUGCAGGCUCUGUCCCCAUCCAACAGCACCCAAGAGUUCCACAAGUCACCCAAUGUUGAGGAAAAGCCACAGAGAGUGGGGCCAGGCGAGUUUGCCAAUGGCCUGUCUCCCACCCCAGUGAACGGAGGUGCUUUGGACUUGACCUCUAGUCAUGCAGAGAAAAUCAUCAAAGAAGAUUCCCUGGGAAUCCUCUUCCCUUUCAGAGACCGGGGUAAAUUUAAAAACACUGCUUGUGACAUUUGUGGCAAAACCUUUGCUUGUCAGAGUGCCUUGGACAUUCAUUACAGAAGUCAUACCAAAGAGAGACCGUUCAUUUGCACAGUUUGCAGUCGUGGCUUUUCCACAAAGGGGAAUUUGAAGCAGCACAUGUUGACACAUCAGAUGCGAGAUCUGCCAUCGCAGCUCUUUGAGCCCAGUUCCAACCUCGGCCCCAAUCAGAACUCUGCGAUGAUUCCCGCCAGCUCGUUGUCAUCUCUCAUCAAAACAGAGGUCAACGGCUUUGUGCACGUUUCUCCUCAGGACAGUAAGGAUGCCCCCACUAGUCAUGUCCCUUCGGGGCCUCUGUCAUCCUCUGCGACAUCCCCGGUUCUGCUCCCAGCUCUGCCCCGGAGAACCCCCAAACAGCACUAUUGUAACACAUGUGGUAAAACCUUCUCUUCCUCGAGUGCCCUGCAGAUCCACGAGAGAACUCACACUGGAGAGAAGCCCUUUGCUUGCACUAUCUGUGGAAGAGCAUUCACAACGAAAGGCAAUCUGAAGGUCCACAUGGGCACUCAUAUGUGGAACAGUACCCCUGCACGCCGGGGCCGCCGGCUCUCAGUGGAUGGCCCCAUGACAUUUCUAGGAGGGAAUCCUGUCAAGUUCCCAGAAAUGUUCCAGAAGGAUCUGGCGGCGAGGUCAGGAAGCGGGGAUCCGUCCAGCUUUUGGAACCAGUAUACAGCAGCACUGUCCAACGGGCUGGCCAUGAAGGCCAACGAGAUCUCUGUCAUUCAGAAUGGUGGCAUCCCUCCAAUUCCUGGAAGCCUGGGCAACGGGAGCAGCUCACCUAUCAGCGGGCUGACAGGGAACGUGGAAAAGCUGGGGAAUUCGGAACCCAGUGCUCCCCUGGCUGGUCUGGAGAAAAUGGCGAGCAGCGAGAACGGAACCAACUUCCGUUUCACCCGCUUCGUGGAGGACAGCAAAGAGAUCGUCACGAGCUAAAGCUGCCAGAGCGUUUCUACUCAAAAUGCCGCCCGAGGUUGCCUCCUGCCCCCGCCCCUUACCUUCUGGCCCCUGGGACUAUGAACUACAUUAUGAAGACAUUCUUUUGUACGUUGUUCAACCUCUAGAGUUCUAAGAAAGCUUAUUUAUUAGUGCUAUAACCUUGCUUUGCAAACAGAGUGCAAGCAUUAACUUUGGUCUUCUGUAUUUUGGACUAAAUACUAAUGGACUAGAGUGCUCUAAGCUUGCUGUAACAUUUAUGGCAAUCGCAAGUUGCCCUGCUAGGCGGUCUUAAUCUGGCAUUAACUUAUUUUCUAUAUCCAGUUUAAUAUGAAUCUGGUGUUGAUGCAAUGCCUCCGUGAUACGUUAGAUCUCUAAUAAAGUCUGUAUAUAAAUGUACACUUUGAUCCUGCUGGAAAAUUUUAUCAGCAAACACAUUGUCUAAUCUUUCCAAACAGAUUUAAGGGAAGGACUUUUAAGUACAAGGCUGAACAUUUGAAAGGCUUAGGGUUUUUGUUGUUGUUGUUUGUUUGUUUGUUUGUUUUGGGUUUUGUUUUCAUUUUGAUUCUGAACUUCAACCUGCUUUUUUUUGUUUGUUUGUUUUUGUUGGUUUUGUUUUGAAGAGUUAACCAUUUCCGUUUUGAACCAUUCGUAUUGUGCUUUUUACUUGAGUCGUCUUCGAUGUUAACCAGUUUCUGUACAGUAAUAAGCACGCAGAAUUCUUUAGAGGGAAAAAAAACCCCACAAGUGUUGUUUUGGUAGUUGAAACUGAGAUGUAGCAUUUUUGCCUUGUAGGGUAUCUUCACAGUAGAAAAAGACGUGUGCUGGGAUUUCACAAUGCUGCUAACGAUAGCAUCUUGAACGACCUUCAGUGGAGAAAUGUAGAUGCUCUUGUAUAUACAAUAAGAAAUAUCCCUUUCAUUAAAAUGUACAUAUGUCCCUUACAAGAGCAAAUGCUCCUUGAUAAGAGCAGGUAUAAUGUUGGUUUAUUUUGUAUUAGAUAUGGGAGGAAAGAAAUGGACUGUUACAUGCACUUUCUUGGAAAGUUGAAAGGGGGGGUUCCAAUUUCUUUAACAUUUAAUACUUACUAACAACAGAGAUACUGUAAUUUUACUCAAGUAAUCAAAUACAUUUUUUUUGCAACAGAUAAA